UGUUUUGUAGUGAAUUUUCAACCAAUGUUUUCUUAAUUCCUUAUCAUUUGUUGUUUCGAGAUUUCGACUUUUCAUUUAAAACGCAAUAGGUCAAUGGUUCUAAAUCUAAUUGUGUUUUGUUAUAGAAAUGGCCAGAUUUAGUUAAUCCCUUAGCAAGUUGGAGUUUAAAUUGGCCGGGUCUUAACGAGUCUCCUUGCUGCUUUCACAUGGGUUAAUGUUUACAAAUUUGUUUUUUUUUAAUUUUUUUUGUUUUUCUGUUAAACAAUGUCAUUAAAACUGCAAAGCAGGUUAGUUACUAAUUUAAACUGGGUAGCAAAUCACGUAAAAUCACAUUUCAGAAAAAGAUCGACUCUUUCAUUAUCGGAUGGUUAUUCGGCUUUAAUUGGAUUAGAAGUUCAUGUUCAAAUCAAUGCUUCUUCUAAAUUGUUCUCAAGAAGUUCAAAUGACUAUCUUAGUGCUCCAAACAUCAAUGUUUCACUAUUUGAUGCAUCUAUACCUGGUACUCUUCCCGUUAUAAAUCAGUACUGUGUUGAAUCGGCUAUUAAAAGUGGAAUUGCUCUUAACUGUUCCAUUAAUGAAAAAUGUCUAUUUGAUAGAAAACACUAUUUAUAUCCAGAUUCCCCACAUGGAUUUCAAAUAACUCAAAAACGAGAACCUAUUGCCACGGAUGGCUAUAUUAACUUUGUUUUGCCAAAAACCAAGGAUCGAGAAAGCGAAAUAAAACGUGUUAACUUAAGGCAAAUUCAGUUAGAGCAAGACACUGGUAAAACUCUGAAAGACAUCAAAACUGGUGCUGUUUACAUUGAUCUGAAUAGAUGUGGGGUUGGCUUAAUGGAAUUCGUAUUUGAACCUGAAUUGUAUAAUCAAGUCGAAGCUUAUCAUCUUGUCAAAGAACUUAUUCACAUCUUGACGAGGAUUGACACUUCAACCUGCAAAAUGGAGGAAGGAGCUUUACGUGUUGAUGCUAAUGUGUCAGUAUCUCCCAUUGAUGGACCUAUUGGUAAUCGAGUAGAGUUGAAAAAUCUCAACUCUUUGCAAAGCUUAGCAAAAGGAAUUGAAUUUGAGAUAUCUAGACAUUUGGAAGCUUUAAAGAAGGGCUUACUUGUUCCCAGUGAGACUCGUUUUUAUGAUCCUGUUCGCAAAAAAACUUUCCCUAUGAGAGAUAAAGAUAAUGUUGAAGAUUAUCGUUAUAUGCCUGAACCGAAUCUGCCUCCAUUAGAAUUAUCAAAUGACAACAAUGUUGCAGAUAUUGAUGAACAUCAAGUGAUUUCCAUCGCCAAAAUCAAAGAAACAAUGCCAAGUUUACCAGAUAAUGAACGAGAAGUUCUAAUCAAUCGAUUCAAAUUAUCCAUUGAGACCGCACAAUUGAUUGUUGCAUCUGAUUUGUUCCCGUUUUUUAGCUCAAUCAUCGAUUUGAAUCCUAACUAUCCUGUCGCAAGAAUUGGUUCAUUUGUUGCAAGAGAUUUAUCGGCUAUUCUCAAUGACAACCGAGUAAGAAUAGAUGAAGUUGGUCUGACUCCGCAAUUUAUUCUCGAAGCAUUUCACUUGGUUGAACAGGGAGUUCUUACGAUGUACAUUGUUCAAGAUAUAAUCCAGUUAGCAAUAAACGGUGACAAGCGAAGUGUACGAGAAAUUGUAAAAGACCAUGGCUGGUGGCUAACACAGAAUGAGAAGGAAUUAACUGAAAACUGUUUAAAGAUAGUUGAUGCUUACCCAAUUGCUGCAUUUAAUGCUAAACGAAAUAACCAGUAUUCAAUAGAUUGGCUUUGUGAACGAGUUUUGAAAGAAACCAAUUUAAAAUCGACUCGUAAUGUGGUUAGAACUAUAAUUAAACUAAUUUUAGAAGGGCGAGAUAUUAAAGCCAUGAAAAAAGCUGCAAUUAAAGCAGAUAAGCAAAAUAAAGAGGAAGAUUUUUUAAUUGGCUCGAGCAAAGAUUCAAUUUAAAACAUUAACUUUGCUAUUAACUUUAUCUUUAUUCAGUCAUUUUGUUGAUAUAAAUUUUCCUAUGUCGAAAGAUGCUCAUCAUUUGUAAAUAAUUGUUUUGUAGUUAAUUUAAAACUAAAUUGUUAUUAAAUACCUAAUAAAUUUAAA